AUGUGCGAGGACACACCUGAGGAACGACAAAAUAAUGAGCUAGUAGCAUUAAAGUCCAUAUACGGCGAGGCUGUUGUAGCGCGAGAUGGUGAUGAGCAGAAUAACUGGGAGGAAACUGAUGGGAGUUGGAGACCUUUGGAUGUGGAGGUGACACUGCUGCCGCUGCACGAUUCUGCGGGUGCGCACUGUUCAGUUACGCUGCGUUUCCAGUGUUGUCGCAAUUAUCCAAACAAGCCCCCAAAAGUUACAGCAAAAAGUGUGCGCGGAUUAUCUGUAGAGAAUACAAAUAAGCUGAUAAAAGACUUGGAGACCCUCGCCUCUAGUCUAUGUGGUGAAGUCAUGAUAUUUCAGUUGGCUCAUCAUACCCAGCAAUUCCUUCACGAUCACAACAAGCCCACUCUGUCGUUCUACGAGCAGAUGGUAAAAGAGAAGAAUGAAUUGGAGGAGAUGAAAAAACGAGAUUUGCAAGUGAAAGAGAAUGAAGAAGCCAAGAAAGUGAGGGCUGAGCUGUUGAAGCGGCAGGAGACGCUGCGGGAGGCGGGGCGCGCGGCGGACGGGGCCGAGGACGCGCCGCGGCUGCUCUGGUCAAUAUUUCACAUGGCGCCCAUCUCGGCUUACAUUGGGCAACACUUGCGUGCAUCUCGUGGCUUGCGAUACGUGUGCCCCCCUCUGCAUGGUCCCAGACACAGCGACAACGAACGCUACGCGGAGAUGCGCGGUGCGCCGUGGGAAGGCGCCGCGGGCGACGGCGGCGCGGGGGGCGCGGGGGGCGCGGGGGGCGAGGGCACCUGCACGUGCACCGCGCACGGCGUCCGAGUGGUGCGCUUCUUCGCCUCCAACAGCAAGUACUACGUGGGCACCUGUCUGGGGCACUCGCGGCUGGGCAGCGUGCACUGGGCGCUGGAGGCGGCCGCCGGCGCGGCGUGCGCCGUGCGCCGCUGGGAGCUGCCCGCCGCGGCGGACGUGGCGCGCCGCGAGCGGCGGCUGCAGGCGCUGCGCCGCGACGCGGCCGUGCUGCGCGCGCUGGCGGUGCGCGCGGCGGCGGGCGCGGAGGGCGCGGGGGGCGCGCUGGCGCCCUACCGCGGCGUGCACGUGGCGGCGCGCGGGCCCCGCCACCAGCUGUACGCGGCGCGCGAGUUCGUGGGCGGCGUGUCGCUGCGCCGCUACGCCGCCACGGCGCGGGCGCUGCUCGGCGCGGUGGACGCGCUGCAGCUGGUGCGCCACGUGGCGCCGCCCGUGCUGGCCGCGCUGGCCGCCCUGCACUCCGCCGGCCUGCUGCACCGCGACGUGCACGCCGGCAACAUAUUCCUGCAGGACGGUGGCGCCGUCAGACUGGUCGGCGCCUGUAUCGAUGCGAGGGUGGUCGAACUGAUACGCGACGACGACUCGUGCGAUAUGCACAGCCGCUCCCAGGACGUGGCGAUGGCGGGCGCCACGCUGCGCGCGCUGCUGGCGCCGAGCGGGGAGCGCGCCCUGCCCUUGCCCGCGGCCGCGGCCGACUUCUUCUCCAGGUGCCUGGCGGCCGACGAGCAGUCGCAGUGGCCGGCCGAGCGGCUGGUGGCGCACCCGUUCCUGUGCGAGGCGCCCGAGAGGCCGCGCGCCUCGCCCGCCCCCGCGCAGCCGGAGGACGAGGAGGACAGCGCCAAGUUGAAGGACUUCGCCUUCGUUAACAACAGCUCUUCGCGCUUGUCCGAGGAAUUUGAAAUUUUGUCGUGGAUCGGAAAGGGUGCUUUCGGAGAUGUGGUAAAGGUGCGCAAUAAGCUGGACCGCGGCGUGUACGCGAUAAAGCGCAUCAAACUGAAUCCGCGGGACGUGGCGUUGAACCGCAAGAUCACGCGCGAGGUGACGCUGCUGUCGCGGCUGAACCACGAGAACGUGGUGCGCUACAACAACGCGUGGAUCGAGAGCACGAGCGCGCCGCCCGGCGCCCCGCCGCCCGCCGUCAGCAUCGAGUGGUCCAUGUCCAGCCGCCAGCCGCAGCCGCCGCGCGCCCCCCACGCGCCCCGCGACCACGCCCAGGACGCCGACGAUGUCGACGACGACGAAGACGACGAAGACGACGAAGACGACGACGAGGACGACGAGGACGACGACGAGGACGACGAUCCCGACCCUUGGACGCUCAGUCCAGAGGAGGAUUCGAGUGGCGUGGUGUUCCUAGAUGACGAUGAAGAGUGCAAGAGUGGCGCGGCUGGCUCGAAUCACGAUGGCGAGAAAGUGGUGACGAUGGAAACGUCCCAGAGCGCGACGGCGUCGAAGAGCUCCCAACUCGUCGAGAGCACGCAACAAGUCCUCUACAUUCAAAUGGCAUUUUGCGAAAAGCACACUUUGCGCCAAGCGAUCGACCAAGGGCUCCACGAGGACCCCGUGAGGGCGUGGCGGCUCUUCCGGGAGAUUCUGGAGGGCCUGGGCCACGUGCACAGUAAGGGAAUGAUUCACAGAGACUUAAAACCGGCUAAUAUUUUCUUGGAUUCCAACGACCACGUCAAAAUUGGUGAUUUUGGAUUAGCCACGAAAAUUUUCUCAAGGAUGUCAGCCGAUGAUAAAAGUAAAUCGCAAGAAGAAGGUGAAAGUGGACUCACUGGUGAGGUGGGCACCGCGCUGUACGUGGCGCCGGAGCUGCGCGGCGGCGGCGCGGCCUUCUACAACCAGAAGGCCGACGUGUACUCGCUGGGCGUGAUCCUGUUUGAGAUGUUCCACGCGCCGUUCGCGACGGGCGCCGAGCGCGUGGCCGUGCUGACGCGCCUGCGCCGGCCCGAGGUGGCCCUGCCCGAGAGCUUCCUCACUGAGCAGAACGAGAAGCAGGUCUACCUGCUCAGGUGGAUGCUGCGGCACGCGGUGGACGAGCGGCCCACGUGCGAGGUGCUGGCCGCCUCGCAGCACGUGCCGCGCGCCGUGCCGGGCGGGGCCCUGGCGGCGCUGCUGGCGCACGCGCUGGCCGAGCGCGGCUCGCGCGCCUACGCGCAGCUGGUGCGCGCCUGCCUCGAGCAGCCCGUCACGCCGGCCGACGACUUCUUGUUCCACGCGCCUCAGCGCAACGCCACCCGGGCCUCGCCCGCCCUGCUCAGCGAACUCGCCGACGCCGUGGUCAGCGUGUUCCGCAGCCACAGCGCGGAGGAGCUGACGCCGGCGCUGCUGACGCCGUGCUCGGGCCCGUGGGAGGGGCGCGCCGACGCCGUGCGCGUGAUGACGGCCUCGGGCGGCGUCUGCCACUUGCCCUACGACCUGCGCCUGCCCUUCGCCCGGAAGGUGGCGCACGAGGGGGUGCAGCGCAUGCGGCGCUACGCGGUGGGGCGCGUGUUCCGCGAGCGCGCCGGCUUCCACCCGCGCGAGGCGCUCGAGUGCGCCUUCGACAUCGUGGCGCCCGACCGCGGGUGCACGUGGGCCGACGCGGAGGCGGUGGCGUGCGCGGCGCGCUGCGCGGGCGCGCUUGGGCUGCGGACGCGCGCGCGGCUGCGGCUCGGCCACGGCGCGCUGCUACGGGCGCUGCUGCGCUGCGGCGGGCUGGCCGAGGCGCGCGUGGCGGCGGCGGCGGGCGCGCUGCGCGAGUUCUCGCUGGGCCGGCUGGCGCGGCUGCAGCUGCACACGCACCUGGCCACGCUGGCGCCGGGCGCGCGCCGCCUCGCCGCCCUGCUGCGCCUCGCGGACGCGGACGUGCCGCUGCACGAGCUGCCCGACCUCAUCGCGCAGGUGCAGCAGGACAAGUGGAGUCCCGUGCUGCAGCGAGCGAUGCGAGAGCUCGCCGAGGUGGAGAGUCGCGCCCGUGCGCUCGGCUGCGAUGUGCCGAUCUCCGUGGCGCCUCUACUGGCGCACGGUGCGGAGCAGCAUAGCGGCGUGUUCUGGCAGCUGGUGGUGCGCGAACCGGCGCAACGACUUCGCGAGCGGCACGUGGUGGCGGCCGGCGGAAGGUACGACGAGCUGGUGGAUCAGCUGGGGCGGGCGGCGCGCGUGGCGGAGCGCGGCGUGCGCGGCGCCGGCGCGGCGGUGGGCUUCUCGCUGUCGCUGGAGCGCGCCGCCGCCCUGCGGGGAGCUCCGGCGCCGCAGGUGAGCGUCGCCCACGGGGGGCGGAGGCCGUCCGUUGGGCGUCGAUUGCAACGCGCCGUUCCCGCUCUCCCGUCGGCCAGGUGCGUAAAGCGAAGGGCGGGAGUGCCGUCUGUCCAGCUGGCGGUGGCGGUGCGCGUGGGCGGGGCGGCGGGGCCGGCGGGGGCGGCGGUGGCGCGCGAGGCGUGGGCGCGGGGGCUGCGCUGCUCGCCCUGGCCGCCGGCGGCGGGCGAGCCGCGCGACCUGCUGCCCGCCGGCGUGCUGCUGCAGCCGCUGGCCGGCACCGUGCGCGUCGACUGCUGGGAGGGCACCAAGGUACGCGAACAAGUGCUGGCGCAGGCGGAAGCGCUGGAGUUGGUUCGCCAGAGGCUGCAACCCGCGCGUGCGCACGACGGGCCACCGAGCCGUAGCCUGUCGGUUGGUUGGGGUGGGGCAGGGGCAGGGGCAGGGGGAGGGGGAGGGGGCGGCAGCGGGGGAGGGGGUGCCGAGACGCCCACCGUGUUCGUCACCUUCGUGACCGGCGACGAGAAACUGAACAAGAAUUAUAGGAGACAGCUUGAGAAUCAAGUAUGCAGUCGUGAUUGUAGCGAGCGCGGUGCGCAGGUGGUGGCGAGCGUGUGCGCGCGCGUGGCGCAGGCGAGCGGGGCGCGGCGCGUGUGCGCGCUGGCGCUGGCGGCGGACGCGGCGCGGCUCUCGGCGCUGGCGGCGCUGCUGCCGCCGCUGCUGGCGCCGGCCGGCGGCGCCGCCCCGCCCGCCGCGCCCGCGCUGGCCGAGCUGCUGCCGCGGCGCGCCGACCUGCUGGCCGAGGUGCAGGCGGAGGCGGCCAAGGCGCUGCGCUCCGGCCCCGAGCCGCCGCUGCUCGCCCUCUACUCGAUCCCGGACGCCGCGUGCCGCCUGCUCCUG